GAUGCCAGAGACCUGGCCCUGUGGAUGUGUUCCUGGCUAGGACCCUUUCUUCCCUCAUUUCUGCGAGGAAAUGUGGAUACCGGCACGCAGACAGAGCUUUAUACAGAGCCCUCUCUCUCUUUUCUCUUUGCAAACCUCACUCCUGAUAUCUUUCUGGUGGUAUUUUGGUCAACGUGGCACAAGGCCCCGAGCCCAACUGCCCCGGAGGAAUGCUUGUUUCUUACUCCUUACGUUCUUUCGGCAACUGCAGCAUCCCGAUGUGUGGGUGCUUCCCUCGGGAUGGGGCCGCUCUGGGAGGAACACCGGCCUGCUUUCAGGCAGAAGGUUCCCAGUUCCCUCCUUGGCGGCAUCUCCAGGAUAGGGCUGAGAGAGACCUCUCCCACUCAGCCUGCCAUUGGGUCUCCCACACAGAACGUCCUGUGGGUUUUUGCUGUGUGCAGAUCGAGCACGUUGGAGCCCAGCGUUGACUAACGCAGACACCCUCUUGGACAGCUCCUGCAGAAGUCACACCGGUGUCAGUUCUCUGGAUUGUUGGAAACUGGCAAACGAAGGGAACGUAGCUCUCCAGCUGUGCAAGCAAGGUGAACCUGAUGGUGGCUGGGGUCUGUUGGACACGAGCAGUCUGGGCUCUGCUUUAAAGUACUUUGAAAAGUACUGUCGUAUCACGUCAGAAUCGGACUGUGAUCUCCCUCAAACCUGUUGUCGUUGUCCUGCAAUAGAACUGUUGUUUUAUUCCUUGUAAGUGCCCCACACCCCUGCCCCGUUGAAGGUGCCAGUACCCACGGAGGCUCGUUUAUCUGAGCACACGGGACAGGGCCUUUUCAGUGGUUGCCCCCAGGCUGGGGAACUCGCUCACAGAGAUCCACGUGCCUUGGGGAGGAAUCCAGAGACCGCCCUUUUUUAAACAGGUGUUUGGCCAAUGAGUGGGCUGCUAUCUGGGUUUUUGUUGUUGUUGUUGUUGUUUAGCAUUUUCUUUUUAUUGAGGUUUCCUUACUGUUUUUAUCUCAUUGUUAGCUGCCCUGGGGUCUUCAGCUUGAAGGGUGGUAUAAACAAAUAAAUAAGGUAUAGAUAGAUGCACAGACCUUUGUUCUUGACAUGUUUGGGGUGGUCUUUGAUGGGCCAGGUGUUUCCAGCAAGCAACUUGUGAGUUGCCAAAGAGGUUGUUCUCAUGGCCAGCCCUACCAAAUCAGGGCAGCACUAGCCCAGAUAGAGCUGGUUGUGAGAACCGCAGGGAUUGGUCCCAAUCCCCCUCAACUGGGGUAGCCUGGUAGCUCCUCAACCGGGGUAGCCCAAUCCCCCUCAACCGGGGUAACCUGGUAGCUCCUCAACCAGGGUAGCCCAAUCCCCCUCAACCAGGGUAGCCUGGUAGCUCCUCAACCGGGUAGCCUGGAUUUUGCACGUGGGCCAAAAGUGAGGUGGGGUGGGAGGAGUACGCCCCCUCUACCCCACCGCCUCGUCCUGUGGUUGCUGGCGGCAUUACAACCAUAGAAGUUAGGGGGAAGAGCGACCCAGCUUCAGGAAUUUCCAUAAUGUAUCAUGCUGCUUGCAUGGUGCAUUAUGGGAUAUCUGGAGGCUGGGCUUCCUUCUCCCAACCUCUGGAUUGGUGCAUCAUGCACUGCAGCGUCGAUCAUGUAGGCACAUGAGCAGCGUUGCCUGGAGCUGCAGUGAUCAUGUGGGGGGAAGGAAGGUAGGUAGGAUCCUGCCUUUUCCCCGGCCCAAGUGGUCAUGUGAACGACCUUCAAGGGUUUAUAAUGAAGCCUGAUUAUAGUGAAUGAAAAUAAAAAUUGAAUGAUGAAUGAAAGCUGAUGGUUGCUCUUCUGCUCCUUACUGAUGCCCGAGAACCUGUUGGUUUUUGAGUCCACUUCUGUGUGGAAGCAAACUCAAAGCGAGGGGCAUAAGGCUUCUUUGCCCUCAACUGGAGGCAGAGUGGAGUGAGGCAACUGGUCCCCGUCUGUGUUAGUUGCAAUGAAGGUCCUCCAGAAAUCAAACGGAAAGGAAGCCUUUGUGGAAGUUUGAGUUCUUUAUUGCUUAAGACCAAAGUGAUCACAACAUGAAAUGAAAAGCAUGUUUGCAAAAUUGUACCCAAAAGAAGCACAAUGUAAGAGGAAGGUUAAAAAUGGGCCUAGUUUGAAAUAAGAAUCUCAAUAUAAAAUGUGAGUUAAAAAUUGGGGAAUCCGGAUAUGAAAGAAAGCAAAAAAUGAAUGAAAAUUUCUGAUGGGAGAGUCUGAUUCUGGAGUAUCCAAAUCCAUUAGAACAUAACCAGUUCUACAAUUAAAAUACCUACUAAACUUCUCUUCUAACACUUAUAUCUCAGGCAUAAACUCCUUAGUGUUAAUUGGAAGAGCUGAGUUAAUUAUUCUACAAUCCUUCAAGCAUGAAGUCAAAGAACAAGAUCAGACAGUGCUAGUAUUGAUAGAUGCCACUUUUGCUUAAAUUCCGCCCCCCCCCAAGGGGGUCUUUGCUAAUUCCUGCAGAAAAAUAGCGACUUGUAUUGAUAUUUCUAGAGCUUUGUCAAAGAGAAAAUAAUCUUUCUUGACGGUCUGAUCAAGUAACACAGCUUUUUCUCAGGUCAUCCAGAUGUUUUUCUCUCUUAUCCUCUGUCAAGAUGCUAUGAAAUAGGUAGCGAGGGAGUUGUUUGAGGACAUUGUGUGUUUGUGUGCGUGUUUAGUGUUGUAGGAAGAAAGGACAUGUAUGUUUCCGCAGACACUGACCAUAAGGAAAUGCCACCUGGACUGGGUGAUAUUUGGAGUUGUCUUCCCUUUUGGAAGAGCAAAGGAGGUUAUUGCAGUAUUAUUAUUGCUAUACGUUGGCUUGAUGUGUUUGGGUGAUGUGUUCUGGUCCCCUUGAAAGGUACUUCUGUUUUGUAGACCCUGUAAUCAGCGCUGCAUGGGACUCACAGAAGCUUCCAAAUUACUGGAAGGGUCAAACAAACGGAAUGAACAAAUGAAUAAAUAAAUAGUUUACCUCCUGGAGAAGCUGGGCAUCGUGGUCACGGAAGGAGGCUUUGUGGAAGGUGAAAACAAGAAGCUGGGUCUCUUCGGGGACUACAUGGAUAUCUUCAAGGGAAUCCCUUUCGCUGCCCCGACAAAAACCCUCGAAGACCCCCAGCCACACCCUGGUUGGCCAGGUACCCUGCAAGCCAAGGAAUAUAAGAAGCGAUGUUUGCAGUCCACACUCACUCAGACAGACACACGGGGCUCUGAAGAUUGUCUGUAUCUGAACAUCUGGGUGCCCCAAGGGAAAAAGCAAGUCUCUACCAACCUGCCGGUGAUGAUCUGGAUUUAUGGAGGAGCCUUUCUCUGGGGCGGUGGCCAAGGCGCCAACUUCCUGAACAACUACCUCUACGACGGGGAGGAGAUUGCCGACCGGGGGAAGGUCAUCGUGGUGACCCUGAACUACCGCCUCGGACCCCUGGGCUUUCUCAGUACGGGAGAUGCCAGCCUGCCAGGUAACUACGGACUUAAAGACCAGCACAUGGCCAUUGCCUGGGUGAAGAGGAACAUCAGAAAUUUCGGGGGUGACCCAGAUAACAUCACGAUCUUUGGGGAAUCUGCUGGCGCUGUCAGUGUGUCCUUACAGACCCUGUCGCCCUACAACAAAGGACUGAUCAAGCGGGCCAUCAGCCAGAGUGGAGUCAGCCUGUGCACCUGGGCCAUUCAGAAGAAUCCCCUCUACUGGGCAACCAAGGUCGCCCAACAUGUGGGUUGCCCCACAGACAACACGACGGCUCUGGCCAACUGCCUGCGGAUCACCGACCCCAAAGCUCUGACUCUUGCCUACCAUCUGGAGGUGCUCAACUUGCCAUACCCCCUGGUCCACUAUCUCGCCUUCUCCCCCGUGGUUGAUGGAGACUUCAUCCCAGAUGUCCCCGAGAAGCUCUUCGACAAUGCCGCAGACAUCGACUACAUUGCCGGGGUGAACAAUAUGGACGGGCAUUUCUUCGCUGGGAUCGACCUGCCCGCCCUCAACCGCCCACUUGUCAAGGUCACCAAGGAGGAGGUCUAUCACAUCAUUCAGGGGCUGACGGUGCAGAAAGGCGUGGCUGCCGCCAGCGAGGCCUUUGCCCUGUACACCAAGGUCUGGAGUGACACCGUAGACCAGGAGGUCGUGAAAAGGACCGUGCUGGACGCGGAGACUGACUACAUCUUUUUGGUGCCUACCCAGCGGGCGCUCGACCUCCACCACCAACACGCCAAGAGCGGCAAGACCUACAGCUACGUCUUCUCCCAGCCAUCUCGCAUGCCGGUCUACCCCAGCUGGGUCGGGGCGGAUCAUGCCGACGACCUGCAGUAUGUCUUUGGGAAGCCGUUUGCCACGCCGCUGGGCUACAAGGCGAAGCACAGGACCGUGUCCAAGGCCAUGAUUGCGUACUGGACCAACUUCGCCAGGACCGGUGAUCCCAACAAAGGCGAGUCAUCUGUGCCCAUAGCCUGGGUCCCCUACGACUCCCAGCACGGCUACUACCUGGAGAUCAACGACGCCAUCAACUACGAUUCGGUCAAGCAGGGUCUCCGGGUUCCUUACGUCCAGUUCUGGACCACGACCUAUCUCAGCCUGCCGGACGUCCCUGUCACUCUGGACCUCGAGUAGAACCCAAGGGAGGAGCAGCAGAACCCGUUGGACCAAACGAAAAGGCAAAUGAAUUAAAAUGAUCUGGACACUUGCGGUGACGGGAUGCAUCUUCUCUUCCCUUCCAAGCUUCUCUGCUACAGUAGAUCUUGUAUUUUAAUCCCAACUCUUCUCCAAGGAGGUCAGGGUGGGGUAAACACAGUCCGCCGUGUACUUGAUACUCUCAGCUCGCCUGUGAGGCGGGUUAGGCAGGGCCCCAGAGUGCCUGCUGGCAAAGCAGGGGGGCAGGGAGUAGAUGCUGGAUUUCCCGUUCCUGCUCUGCCCCUCUCUGCCCCACAGACUCUCUGGUUUUCCCAUCAAGAAUUCCUGUGCUCUGGCCAUGUUUUCUGUAGCGCUUCUUUAACUCUCAUGUGCGAAUGGAAACCACCACGCCUCCUGGUUUGUGACCAGUGGGUUCCCUCCAGACAAUCUGAUGGUUUUUUUCAAAUAAAUUGCGGUGUUGGUUCCUGAAA